UGACGCACACUGAGAAAAAAGGAAAGCACAGGGAUCAGGCGGUAGAAAUGGAGAGCGAAAAUGUUGAAGAGACAUGGCGUGGCAACAAGACAACAUAAGGGGAGAUCUGUCCACCAAAAGGUGUUGUCUGAAUAACAAAGGCCAGGUUGAGGAGUCGAGCUAACGCUAACUGUCUGGAGGAUUUUGAUUUCGCUUUGCUUUGGUCUUACCUCGUAAUCAGUGCGCACUCGUUUGUGUUGGGCUGUAUCUGCAGAGAGAAGUCUGUGGCGAACAACCCAGUCCGACAGAAUAAAAGGUAGCUCAGUAUGAGUCGAGAUGCAUGGACGAAGAAGAGAGCCAAUGACAGUGGUGACAAUGGUUGGGCUGAAAGGGGCGGCUAUAUGGCUGCAAAAGUUUCUAAGCUGGAGGAGCAGUUCAAACUCGAUGCCCCCAGAGAGAAACAAAAGGAUGGCUCAUGCUCCAAUAUUUUUAUCGGUGUGGCCAUCUAUGUCAAUGGAUACACAGAGCCAUGUGCAGAUGAGCUACGCAGACUAAUGAUGCUGCAUGGUGGCCAGUUCCACAUGUACUACUCUCGCUGCAAGACCACCCACAUCAUUACCAAUAACUUGCCCAACAGCAAAAUUCAGGAGCUCAAAGGGGAAAAGAUCAUCAGGCCAGAGUGGAUCACCGAUAGUAUCAAGGCUGGGCGUCUCCUGCCGUACUUCCAGUACCAGCUGUACACCAAACAGAAAGGCCCACUCUUCCCUGGCACAACUCUGCGUCAGACGUCAGAGAUCGCAGGACCCAGCCAUGGGCUGCUUCAGCCGAGCGUCCAUCAAAAGCUUCAUCUGCCACAGGGCAGCAUUCAGCACUCUGUAGUCAAUCAUGAGCAGUCCACAUCCUACUCUAUCCCUAACCCCAGCCACAGUGGACUUUACCAAGGCAACGUCCAACCUCAGUCCAUCCAACAAAGUUCUGCAGUUUGCUUCAUUAACCAACAACCAAGUCACUUAGCAUCUACUUACCUCAAUACAGAUCCCAGCCACAGAAGCCCUUUGCACACCCACCUGCUGUCUAACCCAAGCCCCACAAAGCACCCACAUAAGCCCCAACAGUCUACUGUUCAAACAGCUCAUUCUAAUCUUCAAAAUCAAAGAGCUAGUGGACCACAACCUCAGAACAACUCUUCCUGCAACAGUGCCCAGAGUGGCUGCAAAGAAGUGGAAUUAAAAAUAAGCAGAUUAUUACAGACCUCAUUGAAUGUGAUAAGCCAUUCCAAAAUAAAUGAAGUACAAGACUGUGGCAAAGGAAAUCCUCUCCCGCAGGUGGUGAAGAAAACACAUCUGACAAAUGGACACACUCACCUUGUUAAUGGUGCCUUAAAGCCAGAGGACCUGUCUCCUGUUACAGAUGACUACCAUGUUGACAAUAAACGGCCUUCAUGCAGAGUCAAGAGUUCAGAUGAUAAACCUCAGAGUCCUCCAGUACAGUUUCAGAGCAAAUCUGACCCUUAUGAGUUUCCCCAUAGUCCUCCAAAACAAUAUGACCAGUCUCCUGUCAUUCUAAAGCAAUCCAGUUUACAUGGAGCCAAUGAGCAGAGACCUAAACCUCCACCACCCACCUACCAGGAGGCUAUAAAAGCCACUGAAAGCCACCUACUCCCAAAACAGGUCCAGCAAUCCCGUCCGGUUGACUUGAAUCUGGAAAAGACUCUGUCACCUGCAUCUCGCUCUCUUUCACAUACUCCAAUUCGACUGAACGGAAGUCACCAUAAUGCCUUUUCUUCUGACCCGGCAUCGCUUAACACAACCAACGUAACAGCCAAACCGGAUCCUCCCACUGAAAAGGCUUUAUCACCAUCUAAGUCAUCAGCUCAGCUGCUGGCACAGACAGGCGGUUUGAUCUCUGAGUUCUACUCUCACUCACGUUUACACCAGAUCUCCACAUGGAGGUCCAACUUUUCUGAGUAUGUCAAUGAACUGCACGGAAAGCGAAAAGCAGUGGGAGGGGCCUCCUUUCCUGGGAAAGACCGACUGAGGAAAUCUGUGGCCCAGCGCUCGACAGACAGUCGAGGAACGUCGGUACCCACGAGUGUUAAAUCUUGUAUUCUUCAUGUGGACAUGGACUGUUUCUUUGUGUCUGUGGGGAUCCGACAUCGACCAGAGCUUAGAGGGAAGCCUAUAGCUGUGACCAGUAACCGUGGACAGGGCAGAGUGCCCCUGAGGCCCGGGGCCCACCCUCAGCUGGAGCAGCAGUACUACCAGAGGAAACAUACUCAUCCUCAACCUGAAAGUGCAGACGAGGAUCUACACAGAAGUCCUUCACAAGAGAGUCCUGACUCCCAUGCUAACGGAGUGGACCAGGCUGCUGCCACUCUCUCAAUGGCAGAGAUUGCCUCCUGCAGUUACGAAGCUAGGCAGGCUGGUGUGAGAAACGGGAUGUUUUUUGGCAAAGCAAAACAGCUGUGUCCCUCACUGCAGUCCGUCCCAUAUGAUUUUGAGGCCUAUAAAGAGGUGGCUCUCACCAUGUAUGAGACUCUGGCAGGUUACACCCAUGACAUUGAGGCUCUAAGCUGUGACGAAGUGUUGAUAGACGGCUCUGCUCUGCUAACUGAGUUGGGCGUCAAUCCAGAAGAUCUGGCUAGUGCAAUCAGAGCCGACAUCAAGGAGAAAACUGAAUGCUGUGCUUCAGUGGGCAUGGGGUCCAACAUUCUAUUGGCUCGGUUGGCGACCCGUAAGGCCAAGCCAGACGGCCAGUACUUCUUAAAGUCUGAAGGAGUGGAUGAUUUUAUCAGAGACCUGCCAGUCACCAGCUUACCAGGUGUUGGGCCUGUUAUGGGCAGAAAACUGGCUGCUAUGGGUGUGAGGUCAUGUGGGGACCUCCAACAGGUAUCUCUGUCUCAGUUGCAAAAGAAGUUUGGACCGCGGACCGGACAGACCCUGUUCCGCUUUUGCAGGGGGCUAGACGACCGACCUGUCCGCUACGAGAAGGAAAGGAAGUCCGUCUCAGCUGAGAUGAACUAUAACAUUCGCUUUACUACGGUUGAUGAGGCAGAGUCUUUCAUGACUAACUUGUCCAUGGAGGUCCAAAAACGUUUACAAGAAGCAGGGCUGCGGGGACGCAAAGUUACCCUUAAGGUCAUGGUUCGCAAGGUUGGAGCGCCGCUCGAAUCUGCUAAAUACGGCGGUCAUGGCAUAUGUGAUAGCUUAGCCAGGACUGUGAUGCUCGCUCAAUCCACUGACAAUGGUCAGCUGAUAGCCGCAGCAGUCAUCAAGCUGUUUCACGCCAUGAAGUUGCAGAUUCUGGACAUGAGAGGAGUCGGCAUCCAGGUUCAGCUUCUUGAGGGACAUCACUCUGUCCCCCAGGACUCUUUGGGCCCCAGGACACGCUCCAUCAAGGAAAUGUUGCUAGGCCAGGGAAGUGCGAGAUCCAGUCACAAAGACGCUGUUGACAACACACAUCAGGAAAGGACUUCCUCAACCACAGGCCCAUCAUCUCGCUCCUCUCCAGGUCCUCUGUCCUCUCCCGAGCCAGUCCCAGGGACGAGCAGAGACCAGCAGGCAUGCAGACAAACUCCAAAACAUUCUCGAGCCCGUCUCAACUUCAGUAUUGAGGUCCCCUCCCCUUCACAGGUGGAUCAUUCAGUGUUGGCGGCGUUGCCUGCAGAUCUGAGAGAACAAGUGGAGCAGUCAUGGACUAAUUGGGAUGGGAGAGCAAGGAACCAUCGGUCACCCAGUCCACGGCCCUCUGCUCCUCUUCCACAGCCUCCAUCUCUAAAGUCUCAUCCUAGCUCCCCACUUCGUCCUCCUGUCUCUGGUCCUGCACUCUACACUCCACCCGUUGGCACAUUGCUUCUACAGAUUCCAAACCAGCCAGACAGUCCGGGAAUUGUACUGGAACUACCAAACUUCUCACAGGUUGAUCCGGACGUAUUUGCUGCCCUUCCCAAAGAGCUCCAGGAUGAACUUAAGUCUGCCUACAACCGCGUAACAAAUGUCCAGCCCCAGGCAAAAAUAUCAGUGGAGCAGAAUAAUCCGCUGUUGCAGCUAAAACAGUCAGGACUUGGAGUGGGCAUUGGUCGGGUAAAGCGGCGCUACAAGAGAAAAAAUGCUGUGAGCCCUGUUAAAAAAGGUCUUUCCCCUCUAAAGAGGCAUCACACAACUACCAGCCCAGCCAAAACCCUACCACAUUCUAUAAAGGCACGGGAAACAAUAAAUAUAUUAAAGACUGAAAAUUGUCCCUCCACAUCAACCUCAAAACAAGACAUCCCAGAGUCUCUGUCCAAAUUCAUUCCUCGCCCUUCUCCAGUGUUGGCCGGAGCCUAUGACCUGACGGACAUUAAAACACUCCUACGGGAAUGGGUCACCACCAUAACAGAACCCAUGGAGGAGGACAUCCUGCAGGUGGUAAAAUAUUGCACUGAUCUGAUCGAGGAUAAAGAUCUGGAGAAGUUGGAUUUGAUUAUAAAAUAUAUGAAAAGGCUCAUGCAGCAGUCGGUAGAGUCUGUUUGGAGUAUGGCUUUCGACUUCAUCCUAGACAACGUGCAGGUGGUUGUGCAGCAGGCUUAUGGUAGCACCCUGAAAGUAGUAUGAAGAAGGAGGGGGUACUAUUAUCUGUGUGUGUUACCAUUAUACCAAGACUCUUGAUUUUGCUACUUUCACAAGGUCAUCUGCAAUACGAAUUAGGACGUCUAAAUUAGGGUUAGUUAGUGUUACAAGAGCCAUGACAGUAUUUAAUGAGAUUUUGUACAGUUCAUUAUUUUCUGUACUUGCUUUUUUAAGGGAAAAGUGAAACUGAGACAAACUGAAAGGCAGGAAAUGUCCUUAAGCGUAGCAGCUUUUUUUAUCAAUAUCAUCAUUUUUCAUAUGGAGUUCUUCUCUAAAUAAACAUGUGAAAUUUUAUAUAAAUAAAAACAUUUUGCAGGCAGUGCUUAACUAUUUGCAAUACAAGCCAGGCCUUAAAAGAAUUUUAAUUUCCUCCUGAUGCGCAUUUUUCAUCUGAAAUAGCAGUUGACGUCUCCUAUGUGUUCUUAAGGUUUAAAAUACGCAGGCACGUGUUUUCACCAUAAUGUUUAAACGUAAAGCACCUUUUGGUAAUUUUGGUAUCAGUUAGACUUGUAGCACUCCUCAGACAUACAACAGCCAGACUUAUGAUAAUAUCAGAAAUGGUAGGAUGAAAAUGCCUUGUUUUUCAUCAGUGUUUCUUUGGUGCUCCAUGCCACUUGUACUGACGUGAACUAUGUCCUACUGCUGUGUCACAAAAAAAAAAUGUAAAUAUAUAUAUAUAUAUAUAUAUAUAUAUAGUCUGUUGCAUAAAGUGGUAUCUUUUUUCUUGUCUCCCGCAAAGACAAGUGCCAAACCUUGUUAUUAUAGUAGAAUGUAAAUAAUGUUUUUAAAGACCCUUGUUAAAAGUUUUACGAGAAAAUAUGUAUGUGGAGGGUUUACCCCUUGUAUUGUUUACAUGUAGUGAAUUCUUAGUAACUGUCUUUAAAUUGUAAAAUCUUCUCACUCUUUAAUUGCUUGUUUGUGUUCCAACAUGGAUAACAGAAGCUGGCCAAAGCACUUCAUGUGAGGUUAACUGUUGAUUCUCAGUAGCACUCUGACUUGGGAGGAUGGUGACAGGGGUUAUGGCAAUCAAUAAGUAGCCUAUGCACUUCUUUUUUUCACAAGCAAGUGAGAUGUUCCUUCGAGAUAAUGUAACGUUUCAUAAAGCCUUUUUAUCUGGAGUACAUUUUUUCUAGUGUGUUUGCAAUGUAGUUACCAGUUCCACAAAUUUGAAUAUUGAAAUAAUGCAGGAUUUGCAAAGGAACAGGUGACCUGAUUUUUAUUUCAAGUAUGUACUUGUGUACUUCAUCCAUUGGAGACAUUUGUUGGGCUCGUGGCUACAACAUUUUAUUGUGAACUUAACUUUUAUGAUUGGUGAUUUGAAGUAUUCAGCACAUGCGGCUGACUGGCUCGUGAUCUCACCGUGCGUGUGUGUAGUUUGUUUAAAGCAGUAGCCCCUAUAUGCAAAACAAACCAGUCCGUCAUUUUUUUUCCUCAACUUGUUGAAAUGAAUGUAAUUCAGAAUGUGCAAGUCUCCAAUCACUUUCAAGAUGUUUUCACCUUUCACAUCUUUCCAGAAGGGAAUGGCCAGAAGUUAAAAUUGGUCAGUCUUGUCUUCUCUUAACUGGCUUGUGCCUGAAGACCUGAAGCUGUGAACUUGUUUGUAAGUUUUCUAAAUCUUGGUAAUAAACUGUAAACUCUGUAUUAA